AGAUUUUUCGGUCUUAUGGUGAUAAAUGUCAAUGUCCGAAUUGGGUUUAUAGGUUAGAGUAUAUAAAAUAAAUUUCGUAAAAAUAGGUGUUUUAUUGCAAAACGAUGGCCCUCACGGUGGAACAAUGUGAUAUCUUACUCGAUAUUUUGGGUGAGACAAAGGUGAGAACCCACACUUUAGAAAGCCUUUCGAACGAGUUGCACAAAAAAUUCGACUCUUGUGACUAUUUUAAAGUCGGAACUUGUCUGGUAAUGAUGCUUCAGCAAGAUCUGUUGAAAGAGCCUGAGCAAAAACUUGUUGCUAUAACGCUUCUGUAUGAGUUAUAUCGGGGCGAAGCUCUGGCAAACACCCCUUUUGCCAACGUUUUCAACCACCUUUUGCACCCCCCGGAACACCAGAGUAGUGUCGGGUCCCCCAAACAGGAAUAUCCAGGCCAACUACCCAAACUGACACCACCAGAAAAACAAUUCUUAACGCAACUGUUAUCAGAUGUGCCCAAAGAUGCUAUUUUGAAAAAAACAGCCACGCAAAUAAUCAAUUCAGACGUUGGGAAUACGCAAACAAAUUUCGAUUUUUCCGUUGUACAAUUACUACUAGCCGAAAAACAGUCUGAAUUGCCACACACUUGCAAAACAGGAAUUCCUGUAGUUUUAUCACUGCCUGAAAAAACUAACAAUUAUACGACAGAACGGAACGAUUAUGCAGCCCUUGUGAAAACUAUAGCAACCGGUGAUAACGCCCCCAUUAAUAAAGUGUACAAACCGGAAUUUGUGACACUAGCACCGCCUUUGCUCAACACAGAUGAUGAAAUGGUGUGGCUAAAUCCGACAAACAUCAAAGAACACACUGUAGCAUAUGACGUGACGAUGUGUGUGCCUGACACAGCAGGCCAGGAGGCGAGACAAUUGAUGAACAAGGCGUACAAAUCAGCGCUGUCUUUGCAACAGCAGCAACAACUGCUAGGCGAGCUGGAAAACGACUCAAAACUUGUGUACCACAUUGGUUUGACUCCGUCCAAAUUGCCCGAACUGGUGGAAAAUAAUCCACUUAUCGCGAUUGAAGUUUUGCUCAAGCUUAUGCAAUCGAAACAAAUAACGGAAUAUUUCAGCGUUCUUGUCAACAUGGAAAUGUCGCUGCAUUCCAUGGAAGUGGUAAAUCGGCUCACAACGACCGUGGAUUUGCCCACAGAGUUUGUCCACUUGUACAUUUCGAAUUGCAUAUCGACUUGUGAGACUAUCAAGGACCGUUAUAUGCAAAAUCGGCUGGUUCGACUGGUUUGUGUGUUUCUCCAGUCGCUCAUUCGCAACAAAAUAAUCAACGUCCAGGAGUUGUUUAUCGAAGUUCAGGCGUUUUGUAUCGAGUUUAGUCGCAUUCGCGAAGCUGCCGCUUUGUUCAGGCUAUUGAAACAGUUGGAGUCGGGGGAACAGAUCGGACUUGUCUCCUCGCCAACGAUAAUGAAAGCAAAGCUCGAGGGUUGAUUAUUUAAUGGAACUGUAUCGUACAAUGUGGCAGGCCGUGCUGUAAUUUAUCGACGAUUUUUUCCCUCUCUUUGACGUACGGCAGAUCGGCCAGAAUCAGCUCUUUUAAGUUAUUCAACGCGUUGAGGUGACUCAGCCCCGGCUCUGUUAUAUUCAAACACUCGGUGAUUUGUAAAUAAAGUAAUGAGUUUUUUAAAA